AUGGGGAUCAAGCUCCACGGCCUGGCAAUGUCCACUAAUACCAGCCGAGUCAUGGUGUGCCUCCAUGAGAAAGACGUCGAGUUUGAGCUUGUUCCCGUCGAUGUCUUCGCCGGAGAACACAAGCUCCCUCCUUUUCUCUCCAAGAAUCCCUUCGGUCUGAUCCCAGCUCUUGAAGACGACGACCUCACUCUCUUUGAAUCCAGAGCUAUAACAGCGUACCUGGCUGAGAAAUACAAAGAAACAGGACCUGAUCUGAUAAGGAAGAGUGACCCAAAAGAAGCAGCGUUGGUUAGGAUGUGGGCGGAGGUAGAGUCCCAAACCUACGACCCAGCAAUCUCACCAAUCAUAUUCGAAUAUCUAGUGUCUCCUUUUCAAGACAAAGAACCCAACCAAUCUGUGAUCGACGCCAGCGUGGAGAAGUUGAAGAAUGUUCUUGACGUGUACGAGGAGAGGCUGAGCAAAACCAAGUACCUUGCUGGGGAUUUUUUCAGCCUCGCAGAUCUAAACCAAAUGACCAGCACUCACUAUUUCAUGAAGACGCCCUGUGCUUACAUGAUUAAUGAUCGCCCACAUGUGAAGGCCUGGUGGGAGGACAUCUCUUCCAGGCCUUCUUUCCAGAAACUUGUGGAUGGUUUGACUUUUGGUCAGAAGUGAGACCAUGAUGAACUGAAUUUACUUGAAAGGGCUUCCGUUGUUAGUUAUUACUACUAGAUUCAACUUUAAGACAGAUUUCCUUCUUGUUUUAAAACUUGUCAGAAAUUAUUUUGCCCCAAAAAAAUGAGCUUUGAAUCGCUCAUUUUACAUGUUCUGCUUCAACUUUUGUGGUGCUUCGGGUGGGUCUAUGAUGGUGUGAUUUAAUGAGCAAAUGUAGAAAUCCCAAUAUUAUAUAUGAAGUUUGAAAUCUCUCCUUUUUCGAGUUCUUAGGCCCAGCCCACUUCGUAAUUCUUCGUCGCCCGAUUCGUUAGAAGUCUGGCCCAAACUGCGUCUUGAGUGUUCCACCACGUGAUAAAUUAAACUUGAGGAGAAAGUUUUGA